GCCAGAGGGAUACGGUGAGUGUCCUCCUACUGUGGAGGUCCUGACAUUGGACCAGUCACGUAAGACUAGCACCGACCUUCAGCCUACAGAUGAAAAAAACAACAGGAAUCCCCAGAUCGUCCUCUAAAUCACAUCUUCCCUGUACAUCUUGAGAUCAUGGUGGCAGAAAGACAGCUAAGAAAUCAGCUCAGCAAGGUUUCAAAUGAGCAUCCGGGUUUUUGUUUUAAACAUCAGUGGUGGAGUAUGACAAAAGAAAGACAAAACUAUGGAAACUUCAGAGGCAAUGUAGAGGGCAAGGACAAAUCUGUCAAGACAUUGUCCUUCUGAGGACAAACGCAUUUUCAGGUCCCUGGGAUGGGGGAUAGAUCCACAGAUAACUGAAUGAUGAAAGGCCAUUUACUCCGUUGAAAACAUACUCUGUUAAGUCAGGCUGAAAUGCCAUGUGUACACGUUUUCUUUAUGUAACUUGACUUUGCCCGUGAGUCAGAUAGCAGAUCCGAACCCAGAAUGAAACUAUGCAAAGCGUUCCACACGGGAUGCAAAUGUCAAACAUAGCAGAGGUAAGACUUCAGAAAACGUUGUGUGGGUGUGUUUUCACUUGGAAGGACAAAUAGACAAACUGGACUCUCUCUCUCUUUUCCCUGCAGAUGGGUAAAAUUUAUGAAAUGCGGAUGAUGAUGGAUUUUAAUGGCAACAAUCGAGGGUAUGCAUUUGUAACUUUCUCAAAUAGACAAGAAGCCAAGGACGCCAUCAAACAACUUAACAACUACGAAAUUAGAAACGGGCGUCUCUUAGGGGUGUGCGCCAGUGUGGACAACUGCCGGUUGUUUGUCGGGGGGAUCCCCAAGACCAAAAAGCGAGAAGAGAUCUUAGCGGAGAUGAAAAAGGUCACCGAGGGAGUCGUCGAUGUCAUUGUCUACCCGAGCGCCGCAGAUAAAACCAGAAACCGGGGCUUUGCCUUCGUGGAGUACGAGAGUCAUCGGACAGCUGCCAUGGCCCGAAGGAAGCUGCUGCCAGGAAGAAUUCAGUUAUGGGGACAUCCUAUCGCAGUAGACUGGGCAGAACCAGAAGUAGAAGUUGACGAAGACACAAUGUCUUCGGUGAAAAUCCUGUAUGUGAGAAACCUGAUGCUGUCUACUUCUGAAGAGAUGAUUGAGAAAGAAUUCAACAAUAUUAAACCAGGUGCUGUGGAGAGGGUAAAGAAAAUCCGCGACUAUGCUUUUGUGCAUUUCAGCAGUCGAGAGGAUGCAGUUGAGGCAAUGAAAGCUUUAAAUGGAAAGGUAAUAUAGGACAGUGUGCGUGCACACACACACACACACACACACACACACACAAGUUCCACCCAAGUUUGGCGUGGAAAUUUUAUUCAAAAGAACGAUCCCGCAAGUCUGUGUCACUCAGGCUUUCUCUACCUCUAACAUGACUGUCUCGAUCCAUUGAAGAUGAACAGAAGAGUCAGCGACAGAAAACACCAUGGAGAUGUGGCUCCUGUGUCCGGUCCUGUCUCUAAUUUGGGCUGAUUUGAACAAGUCACUGCCCCUCAACUUCCUUCCCAAGUGGGGGAUUGGAGUAUUGGCGUAGGUUAUUUCAAGGUGUUUUUCUCAGGUGCAACUUUCUGUCAUUACUUUGAGAGAUUAUCACCUCAGUAGUGCAGUAUUUUGGAGGCUGAUGACCAGAAAAGAUGUCAAGGUCACUGCUGUCAGUCUGCCCUCAGAGUUUUGAUCUCCCUACUCUGGAAGGCUUUGGGUCUCUUCACCUUGCCAAGAAUAAGGUCCAGGGAAAAGCUAGUUUCUAAGUCCUUUCUCCUGACUUGUAAAUAGAAACCAAUAUAAUAUUUACUUAUCAAUGCAAAAAACAUUAAAACCCUUUUGGGCACCUGGGUGGCUCAGCCAGUUGAGCGUCCGACUCCAGCUCAGGUCAUGAUCUCGCAGUUUGUGAGUUCAAGCCCCGCGUCGGGCUCUGUGCUGACAGCUCAGCACCUGGAGCCUGCU